GAGAAAAGGAUUGAUUUGAAUCAUUCAAAAUGUGGUUGGGAACAGAGGCUUCAGAAGAAGUUGAGCCCUUCAGAGUAUCUUUAAAGAAUAACUUCGAACGACUUUGGCCGCAUCUUGGUCUUGGUGUUACAGUAGGCUGUUUUAUGGGCGGGGGUUAUGGGCUAGCAAUAGGUUUCGGAACUUUAAAGUGUCUUCGAAGGACUCAGUGUGUGGUGGUUCCUUCCACGUCGUACGUUGUAGUUUAUGUCUUACUUUUUUUACAGCAAUUUUCUAGACCUUUUGUACACAGUGGAUAUCUUUCAGGUGCAUUUUGUGGAAUAGGUUUUGGUUCCGGCUUUGGAGCAGGUAUUGCUAGGGGUAUUGGGUAUGCUUGGUCUCUGAAGCAGUUGAACCCUUUUCCUAAAAGGUUGGACGGAAAAAAACCGAACGUCUCCGUGAAUCAUCUGUGUUCGUUGCCUACAGAGUUCAUUCGUUGGAUCUACCUUGAGACAAAAGCCUUUUGCAAAAAAAUUCACUGUUGAGAGUUACUUUGCCUCGAUAUCAAGUAGUUGAUAUUCUUUUUCAUGAAUUGUUGAAAAGAGGAAUAUUCUAAAGAAAUGAGUUUCUGCCUUCAAUUCAGCUUAGUUAAAAUAAGAAAACGGCUUACAGAGUUACAACUCUGUUUGCUGCUCUAAUGAUGUCUUUGUUCAACUAGUUGUUUCAUUUGACAUGAGAGAACAUAUAAAAGUCGAAGAAAGAACGACAUUUUUCAUUUCGUCAUUCUAGAAUGUAAUGAAGCCCAUUAUGAAACA